AUCAGUCAGCAGCAGAAAGACAGCGGAACGGUUUGUGCGUGCGUAAAAAGUUUCUUGCGUUUUCUUGUGUUUUGACAGAAAGGAUUUUCUCUGGUGAAAUUUCCAUCGAAAAAGUGAAGAACUUUGCAGUGUAAUUUGCUGAUUGUUUGGACGAACGAUUCGAACGAAUAAAAAGUGACAAAGUGUUGGGACGAAUUCAGUAUUCGGGCUGUAAAAUAAGUGUUUUCGCGUUGGAAAGUCUCGGAACCGUGGUCCCGAUGUGGUUGAAAAAUUGUGGCACUUGGUGGAACGUGGCGUUUGCACAAAACAACUGUGAAAAGUCACCCAAAAAUGCUAACAGCCACAUUUGAGCUCGAGAAGGAGGAUGUAAGCCCAGAUGAUAAUUUGGAGCAACAGCAGCACCCAAUCGAUUUUUCGCUGUCAUCAUCAUCAUCGGUCCGACGAGAAGACCGGACAUCGGAUCACAACAAUCAAGGAGCAAACGUCGCCGCCGAUUCAGAUCGACGACGAACCGCCGCCAAUAGGAAAUCACCUUUCUCCUUUCCCCUCACCUGUGGAUGGAGUUUCAAUCGGCAGCAACAGCAACAACAACAACAAGAACCACUGAUUUCACUAAAGCGACGCUAUAAGGACAAGGAGAACAGUAUCAUUCAGCACGAACCGACGGAUUACAGUAGGCACUCUGAACAAGAAGAACCACCGACGAAAGGACGUUCCUUGCUGGAAAAAGUCGAAGAAGAUAUUCAGAGACGGUUGAGGGCAAGUGUCUGUAAGACUCAAUCACGGAAACGAAAGUUUGGCUGCUUGAGUUUAGCUGCUGUCGGGCAAUCCGAGGGCAAGAAAAAGAAAAAGCAAUCAACGGACAAAGACAAAACCCUAGCAGAAGAGCCCAUUCUUGUUGAAAAGGAACCGGUGGAAGUGAAAAGUCAGGAAUCUUUCGGUAAUCUUUCGGGGAAAAGUAGGUCGUCGCAGCAGAUCGACUGGGAUCAAGUUGAUGCGAUAAGCAUUGAAGAUUCAUCAGAAGAAUCGGAGCAAUUAGCCGAGCCAGUCUUUGAUUUUGAUUCCCUGUUCGACGAACUCAAGGUUAAACCUCCGAUUAGGACCUAUCCUGGCUGUUCGAGUUCGAGGCUUUCUCUGUCAAAGAACUUCCAACAACAGGAACCGCCGUAUGGGUGGUCAAUAAUACCAAGUGAAGAAGAAGACAUAUUCGGUGGACUUGGUGAGGACGACAUGUCCAUUCACCAUCAACAGCACUAUAAUCUACCCUCGUCGUACAACAGCGUAAGCAGCACAAGUAGAGCCAACUACCAGCACGAUUUUGUGCCGGCCUCCUCUUACCCAGUGCUGGGAGAGGAGUUCGAAACGAUGUCCAGCCAUUCACAUUACACUCGUAGUAAGAUUAACUCCAUGCAGAGUCGUAUUUCGCUGAACGCUGCCACCGAUAUGGCUAUUACGGCAUCGAUUAAUGAGAUUCCUCGCGGUAAGGUUAGCAGUCUACAGGGCCGCGUUGAUACGGGAACUGCCACGGAACUAGCGCUCGCCCAAUCAUUGAGCGAAGAUCAGCAAAAUAUGCUGAACUCUGUAGCCGCACCGGUAACUCCCGCCAGUAUAGCGGCUGCCGCCAAUAUAAACAAUUCGCUGGCCACCCUGUGCAACAUUGGUAACUCGUGUUACCUCAACUCCGUUCUGUACACGCUGCGAUUCGCACCGAACUUUAUUCACAAUCUGCACCAUCUGAUUGUAGACACGGACAGUGUCUACCAAAGGCUUAACCAAAACAAACUGAAAUCCUCAUCACUCGGUCGGAAUGUUUCCGGGCUGCACAACCCGAGCGGGCGCAGUUGGAGCAGUAAGGAUCUUGCGUCGCUGGGCGGGUCCACCACCUCGAACUCCUCAUCGACCGCCGCGUCGACCGUGGUGGGCAUCAAUGGAACCAGCAGCGGCGUCAGUGGCAUCACGCCGCUCAGCCGGGAGGAAAACCUACCGCCGAAAAGCAACCGGCAGGUGGUGACCGAACAGCUGCACGAACUCUUCCAGAACCUGCACCGGAAUGAGGACCUCGAAACGCUGGAACCGUUCCACGCGGGGAACAUUCUGCGGGCCGUGCAGGAUGUGAGCGCAACCUUCGAGGGCAACCAGCAGCAGGAUGCGCACGAGUUUCUGAUGUGCGUGCUGGACAGCAUACGGGAAUCGUGCCAGGCGCUGAUCAAAACGAUCACCGACCAUCCGGAUGUGCUAAUUAGUGCAUGCCCCUCGGUCCCGGAGUGCAUAGAAACGUACGUACCGGAAACGAAAAACAUUGGAUGGCCCUUCCGCCGGCGGAAGGAAUCGGUAAAAACGCCCAAACCGCCGUCCAACAACGGUGGCGGUGGAAGCAGUGGAGCCACCACCCUGCCCAAAGCCGCCGCAUCCGGUGGUGGUGGCGGUGGCGAUGCGUCCGACCCGCUGGCCGCCCUUUUUGCCAAAACGAACUCCGCGGCAGACGAGCAGCUGGUACGGGACCGGCUGCAGGCGCUCGGGUUGGAUUUCUUUCGCGAUGACUUCGAGGGUGUGACCGUCGCCGAGACCAAGUGUUUGGCCUGCGAGACGUGCACCGAGCAGAAGGAAACCAUGAUCGACAUCGCGAUCCCGAUCGCGUCCAGCGAGGUCUGCGAUGCGGCCAAAAAUCCCCAAUUGUUCUAUCAGAACUCUUGCAUAACGAAGGAGUACUUCCGCGGUGACAACAAGUACCGGUGCGAGGAAUGUUGCGGCUACCGGGAAGCCAUCCGAUCGAUUUCGUUCGAGGUGCUUCCCCGGCAGUUGAUUCUGCAGCUAAAGCGCUUCAACGGGGACAUGGAGAAGAUCAACAGUUACAUUCCGACGCCGUUUGUGCUGCGGUGCUUCUGUAAUACGUGUUUGAAUAAGCAGGACUGUGAUAAGCCGCACAUCUAUCGAUUGUACAGUGUGAUAACGCAUGUGGGUGCGCGGAUGUCGGUGGGACAUUACAUUGCCUACACCAGUUCGCUGGAUGCGCACGCCGAGUAUCUGGGCUGUGGUAAGGACCGACGGAAGCAGCUGUUUUUGUCCGGGGGAUCGCUGGAUGGUCUGGCGGGCAGUAACAGUGUUAGUGGGGGAAGCGUGGGAAGUAUUUCGUCAGUUAAGAGCAACAGCGAGAAAGGAUUGAAGAAGUUCUUUGGGGGCAAAAAGGCGUCCAGUGCUGGUGAUAUGAGUAAGAAGAACAAAGGCAUUGCCGUCAAUAAAAUGAUAAAUGGAAUAGAGAGUCUUAAUCUAAUCAACGGUUCCAGUACGGGAAGCAGCAAUACGGCCUCAUUUGGUUCGCAUUCGGGAAGCAAUAGCCCCAACAGCAAUGGGACUCCAACUGGCGCGCUGGCCAGCCGAAUCCCUUGUGCCGGCUUGAACUGCUGCGGCAUUCAUCCGAAAAAUAGUCAUCUUAGUUUAUACGGUAGUGGUAAUGGCAGUAGUUGUAACUCGUCUAGUUCUGUAACGGACACCAAUAACGGGGUCAUCCUGGACGGUAUCGGUGGUGGCGGUAACGCCAACACGCUCGAAAGUCACAUGAACUACAUCAACUCGAUGGCGAAUGGGCUGUCGUCGACGACGGCGACGGGUUCCGGUGGGUCACCGACGACGCUGGCAGCGUUCGAGCAGAGUCUAAGUCAACAGCUGUGGCACAUGUGCGACGACGAUAAGAUCAAAAUCAUGUCCCAGGUGGAGUUCGAGGAGCUUCUGUCGCCGAAUCGGAGGCACGUGAUAACGCCAUACUUGCUGUUCUACGCGCGGUACGAUUUGUCACCGUCGUCGGGCGGCAGCUCCGUCGGCCGACAGAAGGAAGCGGAAGGUGGCGGCACGAUGAAGACGGGCAGCGGUGUCGACGGUGGCACCAAACCGGAUUGCAGUAUGGUGAUCGACUAAUGGCGGUCUCGGACGCGGGACGGUAGGUGAUCAUUAGUUUUCGUAGUAUUCCGAGAGGAAUGGACCUUUCUAUUUUGUAAACCAGGUUAGGUUAACGGCUUCCAUGAUCCUAUUUCCGUUAUUAAGUGUUCUAACUCCAAGCAAAUUUUCUGUCGAUUAUGUCAGUACGAGAUUCGUAAUAUAUGCAGUUAAAUUAUGAAACGAAUAUAGGGCUCAUUAAAUGAAA